CACCCCUAUUCUGUGUUCUAGUGGGGCCCUGGUUACGCUGCCUCUGGCUCAGUCGCACAGCCGCCUGGUAGGUGACUGGAGGUGUUCACUGAUGUGGCCCCAACACUGCCUCCCUUCCCACCCCACAAUGUUAGAAGAAACUCGACAGAGAAAAUUGGCAGCAGCCAAGAAAAAGCUAAAAGAAUAUCAGCAGAGGAACAGCUCUGGUGUUCUGGCAGGAACGAAGACAAAAAAGAAGAAAACUGGCGGUAGCCCUGAGACAACCACUUCUGGUGGUUGCCACUCACCUGGGGAUAGCUGGAACCAAGAACUGGAAGUAGCCCUGGACUCAAGCUCCGCAACAAUCAAUCAACUCAGUGAAAACAUAGAAUCACUGAAACAACAGAAGAAACAAGUGGAACAUCAGCUGGAAGAAGAAAAGAAAGCAAACAAUGACAUACACAAAGCACAGACGGAGCAGUUAGAGACAAUCAACAUCCUCACGCUGGAAAAGGCAGACUUGAAGACCACCCUUUACCAUACUAAACGUGCCGCCAGACACUUCGAAGAAGAGUCCAAGGAUCUGGCCGGCUGCCUGCAAUACUCUUUACAGCAUAUUCAAGAAUUGGAGCGGGCUCUCUCUGCUGUGUCUACACAGCAGCGGGAAGAGGACAGGUCCUCGAGCCGCAGUGAAGCCGUCCUCCAGCGGCAGUUACGGCAGACCUUAAAGGAGCGGGCGCUGCUGAACGCACACGUGACACAAGUGACAGAGUCACUUAAACAACUCCAGCUAGAGAGAGAUGAAUAUGCUCAACAUAUAAAAGGAGAGAGGGCCCGGUGGCAGGAGAGGAUGCGGAAAAUGUCGAUGGAGGCUCGCACAUUGAAGGAGGAGAAGAAGCGUGACAUACAUCGGAUACAGGAGCUGGAGAGGAGCUUGUCUGAACUCAAACACCAGAUGGCUGAGCCCCCAUCCUCGGCACCCCCAGUAGGGACCUCUGAGGUGGAACAGCUACAAGAUGAGGCCAAACACCUGAGGAAGGAGGUGGAAAGUCUGGAGGGAAAGCUCCAAUCCCAGGUGGAAAACAAUCAGGCCUUGAGUCUCCUGAGCAAGGAACAAAAGGAGAGACUCCAGGGGCAGGAGGAGAGGCUCCAAGAGCAGGAGGAGAGGAGGCUGCAGGAGCAGGAGAGACUAUGUGAGCAAAAGGAGAGGCUUUGGGAGCAGCAGAAGAGGCUGGGGGAGCAGGGUAAGAGGCUGCGAAAGCAGGAGGACAGGCUACAAAAGCAGGAGAAGAGGCUACAAAAGCAGGAGGAGAGGCUGCAAAAGGAGGAGGAGAGGCUGUGGGAGAAGGAGGAGAGGCUAUGGAAGCAGGAAGAGAGGCUGUGGGAGAAGGAGGAGAGGCUACAAAAACAGGAGAAGAGGCUGCGAAUGCAGGAGGAGAGGCUCGGGCUCUCCCAGAACCACAAGUUCAACAAGCAACUGGCCAAGCUUUAGUGCAGCUUUGAGGAUCUGAACAAUGAGAACCAAAGCGCACCAUUGGAGCAGCAAGUAAAGCAGCUGCAGGAGAAGCUGAGCGAGGAGCACCUAGAAGCUGCCAACCAGGAGAACCAACAGCUAGAGACCCAGUUGAGUCUCAUGGCUCUCCCUGGACAAGGAGAUGGAGGAGGACAUCUGGACGGUGAGGAGGAGGAGGCGCCUCAGCUGAUGCCAAGUGUCCCAGAGGACCUGGAGAGCCAGGAGGCCACGAGUGGCUUUAUGGACCUCCCAAAGCAGAAGGUGGGUGGGAAGGAGCAGGUGGAGAACCUAGAGCUUGGAUUCAUCCAGCUCUCUGGAGCAACAGACGGCAUGAGAGAGUACUUCACCGUAUAUGGGAGCCAAGGGGCAGUCCCAAACACGCGGCACCAGGAGGAGGAGGACGUCAGCAGUCUGGCCCAGAAUGAGGAGGAGAUGAAGGUGAAGCUGCUGGAGCUGCAGGAGCUGGUGUUGCCACUUGUGGGUGACCACGAGGGGCAUGACAAAUUCCUCCCCACUGCCCAGAACCCUGCUGAUGAGCCCGCUCCAGGGGCCCCAGCCCCCCAGGAACUUGGGGCUGCCCAUGAGCAGGGUGAUUUCUAUGAGGUGAGCCUGGCCCACAGCGUGGAGCCUGCACCAGGAGAGGACAGGGAGGGUUCUCCCCAUGACAACCCCACUGCACAGAAGGUUGUACAGCUGCUUCCUGUAAUGCAGGACACCCAGGAGCACCCAGGCUUGGCCAGCAAACCCUGCGUGCCAUUCUUUUACCGGGCAGCCGAGAACAGGGAGAUAAACAUCAUCAUCAUCUAAGAGCUGGUCAAUAAAUUUAAAAAAAAAAAAUUAUGGGGUUAAUCCCCUACACAAUUCAUCUACUUCAUUGGAAUGUUAGAGCCCCUCGUGUUUAUUUAUGUUUCUAAUUUACAGUUUAAAUUUGUUUGUAGAAAGUUACCUUUAGUAUUUUUGUUUUUAAUUUGAUAAUUGUAGGUCAUUAGCUCGCAUAUCGAGUUUGCCCUUACAUGGUGGGAGUUCAAACACACAAAACCCACUAUUUGCACAAAACUAUUCUUACUGGUUUGGAAUAGGCUGCCAUGCUUUUUAAAUGUUAUUGCAGCAUGUAUAUUCAUUACAGAAUUCAGAUAAAAUUUGCUUAUGUUCUGCUAUUAUGUUUGAUCGAUUCCUAAUCACAGUGAGCUCUUCAUUAGCUCAGUAUGUGGUUUGCCCUCAAGUGCGCACUGUUUCUUACUUUGUAAUAUGCCACUGUGAGUACUGACAUUUAGAGUUGUUUAAAGGCCAAGAAGUGGAAACAGCCUUUCCCCUAUUUUCUGUGUAUUGGGGAUGGGAGUGAUAACAUUUUGGGGAGCUUUUUAAAUCUUACAGAAGAGGAAAGUGGCCUGCUCUGGCAGGUGUGCGCAGGAUAGAGUGUGUUUCAUUUGUUCUGGUGCCAGGAAUGAGCGCGGUACUAUGGUAGUUCCCUUAGGAUUUGUACGUGCUCUGGGCUCCUGAAGAUAUCGCAGCAUGAGCUGCAGCAGUUGGACUCUUUCUCAGUGACCUAAAAAAAAGGGAUUCUUUCUGAGGAAUGAAAGGCUCCCAUCAUGGACUGUGGAUGUGGAAAACCUUUCCCAGCCUAGAGCAUUUAUAUCUUCAAUACAUUUUAAAGUCAGAGUUCAUGUUACCUGUUUUAAUCACAUGACUACAUGUCCCAGUACACAAAAGGGCACUGCUUGGCAUUCUUCUUAAUGUAUUUAGUGAAGAUCAUAAGAAACCCUUUCAGAGUUUAAAUGUCCCUGGAACAGGCAUACAGGCUCUAGUCAAGAAUGAAUUCGAGUGAAGGAAAGCUGUGUGACACCUGGCAUUCCUCUAUGUUCAUGGAGCUUCUUUGAGGCUAGAAAACUGAUUUUACCAUCUAGACCUCUCUGGCUAAUACCUAUUUUUCAGCCACAUUGGUUAAUCUGAUAUAGGAAUUUACUUCUUUUCCUUGAAUGGAAAACACUUUAAAAAUAAUAACAACCAUUUAAUAAACUAAUACAUGUGAGAGUAUUGGUUGAAACAAAAAGCAGUUUUAGUGGACAGUGUUAUACUACAUUUGAAAAUCAAGGAGAAGUUUAUGCAACUUAAAAUAUUUACAAACUGCAAUGCAAUCUACUGUUUGUGAAUGUCAAAGUAUUAUGAGUAAAGGUAUCUAUACAAUCACAGAGUUAUAUUUCCUCACAAAGUUCUUUACGAAGGGUGAAAUAUGUUUUUAUACCUCUCGGUUUCAGUUAGAGGCAUAUUUUGUGCCAUAUUUAUGUUAUGUGCCUAUACAGGAUGAAUGAAUUAUUUCAGUCAUAUGUUGCCUAAAUCAUAACUUCAUGAUGCUUGGGAAAGAAUCAACAGUUAAAACUUCAUGAAGUUCUAAUGUCUGUGUUCCAAAAUACGUCACAGUAUUAGGAUGUAGGGAGAGAUAUAUGUGCGCUCCCUGGGGUGUGCAAUUCUAGUUACUAGACCAUCUCCAUUUUUAGCAUUUGGCAUCCUCAUGAUACUUUUAUAAAUAUGACAUUAAUAGGAGAGCAAUAAUAUGAUUUUACAGAUGAAAUAACAGAUUUGCCUGCAUUCACUGAAAGAGUACAAACAUUGGUCCUUCAACUGACUCUUUCAAAUUGUAUGAAUUUAUCAAUGUAUUGGAUAAACCCAGUUUCAGAAUGAUAAAAACUGUCAGACCAAAUAGUGUGGGUAAUUAGCAGUGGUACAGUUUCUAAAUACUGCUCUUUGUGUAGGGAUUUUGUCCUAUGUUUCAGAAAAAGCUAAAAAGAAUGGAAAUCCUAUGACAAUAACUUAAGUGUUUCUUCAAAGCAUGCAGUCUUUGCAAUACCUCAUUCAGCCAAGUAUUUGUUCUCUUCCUCAUUCGGUAUAAGGCAGCUUUCAAUCUGCUUAGAAGGCAACAUUAGAAGGUUAGAGUUCAUCAGAAAUACAGAAUUUUAAAAUGUGAGUUCAACUGAAUAAAAUCGAAUUUCUGUAGGAAGUAAAGAAUCAAAAUACCUAUUUAAAGAUUGCAAUAUAUGGUCAUUAUUUUUAAAGUAUCUGAUUAAACCUGAUAGGUUUUCCAGAAAUGAAAAAAAAAAUCAGUUCAAAAACUAAAGCUGAUUUUUAGAAAAUGUGAAAAUGUAAAUCAGCCCUAUCCGUAAUAUUUUCUCUAAAACUUUAUCUUACAGAGUCACUUUAAGAUGAUAUAACUAUUCAAAAAUGUAACUGCUAUGUUAUUGUUUUAAAAUAAGUUAAAACAUCUUAAAAUAUGAAUACUGUAGUUUAAAGCAAAGAACCUGGGGGAAGGAAAAGUAGAGAAAGAGAUGCCAAUUCCAAUACCAAGCUUUAUUUGCUGAGUUUUCUUAGAAUGACUUUUACCAAUUUAUGAAUUCCUGUCAACAGAAUGUAUAAUGGAAAUACUGAAAAACUUUUGUGUAAACUGGAAUUAUUGACUGCUACUGUGAUGCUACUGUAAUGUAAUAAAUUAGGAAUUUGUUGCAAA